AGAAACAGAUAGAUAGAUACAGAUAUAUACAUACAGAUAGAUAUAUACAGAGGUUUAGAUAUGGGAGAAGAAGAUAGCCCUAGCCAUAGCAAUAGCUAUGGGGCAGCAAAAGCAUCAUCGCCAUCAGCAUCAUUUAAUAAUAUUAACAAAAAACAAACACUAAUUGAAGAAAUCUCCGAUAAGUUAAUCGCCGGAGAUCUCCCUACCAAAAUUCAAGCUGCUAGAGAGAUUCGCAGCUUGAUUCGUAACCGUAAUUCCUCCGCCAAAAUCCGUACUAAGUUCGCCGAUUCCGGCGUUAUUCAGCCGCUCGUUCUUAUGCUUUAUUCCAAAGUUCAUGAUGCUCGCGAAGCUUCCUUACUCGCUCUUCUUAAUCUCGCUUCUAGAAACGAACGAAACAAAGAACAAAUAGUGACAUAUGGUGCUAUCCCUCCUCUUGUUGAGCUUCUCAAAUUCCAGACUGCCACCACAUUGCGGGAAUUAGCCACUGCUGCAAUUUUGACAUUGUCGACGGCCUUACCCAAUAAACAAAUUCUAGUUGAAUCGGGAGUGAUACCACUGCUGGUUCAGAUCCUUAGUUGUGGAACCGUUCAAGGAAGAGUUGAUGCUGUCACUGCCCUUUAUAACCUCUCUACUUUGAUAGAACAACCGACUACAGUUCCUGAUGCUAAAGCAGUCCCUCCUCUCAUUAACCUCCUUAAAGAAUGCAAAAAAUCCUCUAAAUUUGCUGAGAAAACCACUGCCUUAAUUGAAAUCAUCUUGAAGUCAGAAGAAGGAAGAUUAACUAUCACAGAAGCCGAUCAUGGAAUACUAACAUUAGUGGAGACAAUUGAAGAUGGAUCUUUAGUUAGCACAGAACAUGCAGUGAGUGCUUUACUUUCAUUGUGCCAAAGUUGCAGAAGUAAAUACAGAGAACUAAUUUUGAACGAAGGUGCAAUUCCUGGCUUGUUACGGUUAACUGUGUAUGGAACCGUUGAAGCACAAGACAUGGCCAGGACCCUAUUGGACUUACUCAGGGAUUCCCCUCCAGAAAAGAAACUCAGUUCAUCGGUUCUUGAGAAGAUCGUUCAUGAUAUUGCAGCGAGGGUUGAUGGCUCAGAAAAGACUGCAGAAACUGCAAAAAGUUUAUUACAAGAUAUGGUUCAAAGAAGCAUGAGCUUGACGUAGAGUUAGUGUUGUAGGAAGUAUCUGAGGUAUUCUCUACAGUGCCCUGAAAAUGACAAGGUGAUUUUAACUAACCUUACAGGGGAAUGAAAAUCUUUUAUUUUAAGAUUUGGAGAAAGCCCCUUUACUUGUAUAUCUACCUCAACUUCUAGUCUAUUAGUGAAAAUGAAAUUUUGAUUGGGAGCAUAAAUAUGCAAUAUCCCGUUUUGACAA